AUGACGAGUCUCAAGCGCUCGUUCGAGGCGGACCCUUUCGCCGCCAAUAUCUCGAGCAAGGUCUACGUCCGGUCAACAAGAAAGGGCAAGGUUCAGAAGAUUGUGAGAGAGGUCUACCUGCGUCAAGACAUCCCCUGCUCGUCCAAACUGUGCCGGAGCUGCUUGCAAACGGCCCCAAGAGAUGCCGCCAACAAUGUUCAGCCGUUUGUCCUUUCUGACAAGCCGGCGGGUACCAAGGCGUUCCCUCAGGGGCACUAUAUCGUCCCCGACACCAACGCCCUGCUGAACGCCAUGGACCUCUUUGAGCAGAGUUCGGCAUUCUACGACGUCGUCAUCUUGCAGACCGUGCUCGAGGAGCUGCGCAAUCGCUCGCUGCCGCUGUACAACCGCCUCGUCGGUCUCACCAAGAGCGAGGACAAGCGCUUCUACGUCUUCUUCAACGACUUCCGCCUCGAGACGUACGUCAACCGUGAGGCCAACGAAACCGUCAACGACCGCAACGACCGCGCUGUGCGCAAGGCGGUCAAGUGGUACGCUGAGCACCUGGCCGAGACCAAGGCCAAGACGCUCCCCGCCGUCGUCAUGCUCAGCGACGACCAGGACUGUCUGAGGAAAGCCAAGGCCGAAGGCGUGACUGCCAUGUCGUUGUCCGAGUACGUUGGUGGGCUCGAGGACGGCGAGCGGCUGCUUGACAUGGUGGCUGAGUCGCGGAACUCGAGCUACUCCAAGAAGCCGGCCGGACCGAUAUACCCCGAGUACUUCACCAUGUCCAAGUUGAUGACGGGAGUCAAGGCUGGUCUUCUGCAUCAAGGCAUCUUCAACGUCUCGCCGUACAACUACCUGGAGGGCUCCAUCCACGUCCCCGCGUUUCCCAAGCCUCUCAUCGUUCUCGGCAGAGAAAACAUCAACAGAGCCGUCAGCGGCGACGUGGUCGUCGUCGAGGUUCUGCCAAAAGAGCAGUGGAAGGAGCCUUCGACGAAGAUCAUCGAGGAGGAGGCCGUCACCCGCGACGAGAACGCCGACGGAGAAGAAGUCCAGGAUUUUGUAUCGGAGAAGGAGCGCAAGGCGCUGCAGGAGGAGGUCAAGAAGACGCACAGCAAGAGCACCGAGGGCCGGCCGCAACCGACGGCAAAGGUCGUCGGCAUCAUCAAGCGCAAUUGGCGGCAGUAUGUCGGACACAUCGACCCCUCGUCCGCGAGCAAGAGCGGCGGCCAGGGCCGCAAGCAGGACAACGUCUUCCUCAUCCCAAUGGACAAGCGGAUCCCCAAGAUCAAGCUCCGCUCAAGGCAGGUCCCCGAGCUUCUCGGCAAGCGACUAUUGGUUACUAUCGACGCCUGGGAUCGCGACUCCCGGCACCCCGUCGGCCACUUUGUGCGUUCCCUAGGCGAGCUUGAGACCAAGGCCGCAGAGACGGAGGCCCUGUUGUUGGAGUACGACGUACAGUACCGCCCCUUUCCCAAGACGGUGCUUGACUGUCUACCAAAGGAGGGGCAUGACUGGAGAGUUCCUCAGAGCCUGGAAGAUCCCGGCUGGAGGGACAGAGAGGAUCUACGCAAACUCCUCAUCUGCAGUAUCGAUCCCAUCGGGUGUCAAGACAUUGACGACGCGCUCCACGCGCGGCCGCUCCCCAACGGCAACUUCGAAGUUGGCGUUCACAUCGCCGACGUGUCACACUUUGUCAAGCCUGGCAAUGCCAUGGACACGGAAGCCAGCUUGCGAGGCACAACGGUGUACCUUGUGGACAAGCGUAUUGACAUGUUGCCUAUGCUCCUCGGUACCGACUUGUGCUCACUGAAGCCCUACGUCGAGCGCUACGCCUUCUCCGUCAUUUGGGAGAUGGACGCGAACGCGGACAUUGUCGGCGCCCGCUUCACCAAGUCGGUCAUCCAGUCCAAGGAGGCUUUCAGCUACGAGGCGGCCCAGCUCCGCGUUGACGAUGCCUCCCAGCAGGAUGACCUCACCAACAGCAUCAGAACGCUCAUGACGCUGUCCAAGAAGCUGAAGCAGAAGCGAAUGGACGCUGGCGCUCUCAGUCUGUCGUCCCCCGAGGUCAAGGUGCAGAUGGAGUCGGAGACAUCGGACCCCAUCGACGUCAAGACGAAGCAGCACCUGGACACCAUGUCUCUGGUUGAGGAGUUCAUGUUGCUCGCCAACGUCAGCGUCGCCAGCAAGAUCUAUGAAGCCUUCCCCCAGACCGCCAUCCUCCGUCGCCACGGUGCCCCGCCCAAGACCAACUUUGACGAGCUUUCCAAUCAGCUCAGGGUCAAGAAGGGUCUGGAGCUCCGCGUCGACUCGAGCAAGGCGCUCGCCGACUCGCUCGACCAGUGCGUCGACCCCGUCGACCCCUUUUUCAACACGCUCGUCCGUAUCAUGGCCACCCGCUGCAUGAUGAGUGCCGAGUACUUCUGCUCCGGCACGCAGGCGUAUCCCGAAUUCCGCCACUACGGCCUGGCCUCAGAGAUCUACACGCACUUCACCUCCCCGAUCCGCCGGUACGCCGACCUCGUCGCCCACCGGCAGCUCGCGGCGGCCAUUGGGUACGAAGCGAUCCACCCCGCGGUGCGCAGCCGCGGCAAGCUCGAGGCCGUGUGCAAGAACAUCAACGUGCGACACCGCAACGCCCAGCUCGCGGGCCGCGCCAGCAUCGCCUACUACGUCGGCCAGGCGCUCAAGGGCCGGGUCGCGGAGGAGGAGGCGUUCGUCAUGAAGAUUUUCAGCAACGGCUUCGUCGUGCUCGUGCCGCGGUUCGGCAUCGAGGGGCUCAUCCGGCUGCGCGACCUCGCGGAGCCCGAGCCCGAGAGCGCGUUCGACGCCGAGAACUAUGUGCUCACGACGACGGGCAGCUACAAGCUCAAGGUGGAGCUGUUCCAGAAGGUCAAGGUCAAGGUCACAGACGAGAAGGACGAGGCGACGGGCAAGAGGGGCGUCAAGAUGGAGCUUGUCAAGGCGUGA